UGAGUUACGCUAGCUGAGCGACAUACAAACAUUCCCUGAGGUGGAACAACCGCGGCCGCUUUGUUUUGGCUUUCGACCGAGAUCUCGGACAUGUGAACACUGAACACGAAACACAAUGGCUCUGUCAUCGAAUUGCUGGAAAUAUCUUGUACUGACCUUCAAUGUUUUGUUCGCUAUGUCAGCAGUGGUACUUUUUGGUGUUAGUGGGUUCCUCCUGUACCGGCUUUUCGUUUACCGCCACUUCAUUGGAGUCAGUGUUCAAUACCCAGUAAUAUUACUGUUGAUGAUAGCCAUCAUCACGUGUUCUAUAGCCUGGAUAGGUUGGAGAACAGCUAAAUCUAUGCAUCAAAUUCACGUUAUACUGGCCGGUAUUCUGAUAACUGUUGUGGUGAUAAUUGAAUUCUCUUGCUUCGUGUGGGCAAUGGUGGUAUGGGAUAACAUCGAAAUAGACAUAAAGACGACCAUGACCUCAUAUUUCAUGUUAACUGGUGAAAACAAAGAAACAAAUUCAGACUCCGUGAGAUGGGACAGAUUGCAUGUUAAGUUCGAGUGUUGUGGAGUGAGCGGACCAAACGACUACAGUUCGACUGGUCACGUACCGUUCUCCUGCUGCGGCCAGGGACCGUUGGAUUCUAUACAAAAACCGUACACGUCAGAUUGUUCGAAACUAUACCAAAGAGGUUGUGGUAACCUAUUGCACGACUACGCUAAGAGUCAGCUACUUAUGGUCGCUUUGACGGCGCUCAUAGCUUCAAUGUUGCAGAGCACGGGAAUAUUCUGCACAUUCUUCUUAGCGCAGGCGAUUAAGGAGAAACGGAGAGCUUCAGUCAGACACUCGACAAUACUACGAGAGGCACCUUUUUCGGCUCCAGAUGAUUCUUUGCUGGCGCCUACUGCCCCUGCUCCAACCUUGCCAAAGUAUUAGAAUAUAGUAAUAAGUAGCAUUAUUAUCAUUAAUUUCCUUGUGACGUCGGGCAUUGAUU